CUUCGUGCAUGAGUAACUAACUUCAAUUUAUUAGUGAUCACGUGACGUUUAUCAAAUGGUCACGUAACCUUAAAAAGCUAACUCCACUUUGUUUACAUCAUCUGCGACUACAUGGGGACUGGGGUUAGGAUUACAUUUCGAACCGCAGAUUGAUAACAAAAGACAUAACCUCACUAACUUCUAACUUUAUUUAUUCAAAUUGUGUGCAGCUCUAUAUUGAAUAAAUGGUUUUUUGGAUCUAACUGACAUACUUUAUAACUUUCUGCCAAGAGAUCUAUCUAGAUAAAAUGUGGCUAUUGCACUUAGAACUGGUUACAAUUUAAAAUAUGUCGAGGGGGCAGGAACUGUGGGGUGUAAUCCGUGGCCUGCAGGCAGUAACCGAGGCUGGGAUAAAAUUGCAGCUACAGUUGUUGGAGAAAUGUUGGCAUAAUUCUAGUCUGAGAACUGUAGCUCAAAAUGUGUAUGAAAAUACAAAGAGGCCCACGAGUAGUUCUACUGGAAAACCUGAAGAUGUUCUAAAGAUUGUAACCGACGCUGCAGAUCGUUUGUAUACAGUUGUUGACGGUGUCAGUGAAUUUGUUUCUUUUAAAAAGUUUACAGUUCAUGACACUGCUCCAAUUAGGUCGGAAGUUGAUAAAUCUCAAGCUAAAAUAGAACAUGAAAUUAUACUAACCGCCACGGAUAAAGAAUUAUUAAAGCAGUUAGAUAUGGAGCACAUGGAGAAAUUAAAAGCAGCUGCUGUAACACAGGGACAGCUUGAACAUAAGGAAUUGGCCCAAAAGAUACAAAGUGAAAAUGUGCUAAAUGCGAAAAAACAAUCGGCUAAAGUUACUUUUGUUCCAAACCCAAAGUCGAAACAAAAGUUGAACUUGUCCUCAAAAGAACGUACGGUUCCCUCAUCGCGAGUUGCUAGAAUGGUUUCUUUUGGAAGUCUAGCUGCCGGUCUCGGUGUGGGCACAGCUGCGGAGUACAUGAGACGGUCUAUUGGAAUUGGAUCAGAAUCAGAGUCGAAUAUUUUUCUAAACAAAGCUAAUAUGGAUAGAAUUGUCGAUACACUUUGCAAAGUUCGAGGUGCCGCCUUAAAACUUGGACAGAUGUUAAGUAUACAGGAUGAGUCAAUUUUAAAUCCAGAAUUAGCAAAGGCACUUGAACGCGUCCGCCAAUCCGCAGAUUUCAUGCCCAGUUGGCAGGUUGAUAAUGUGCUUAAUACGGAAAUCGGUCCCGGUUGGAGGGACACACUGCUCGAAUUUGAUAAUAAACCAUUCGCUGCGGCAUCUAUAGGGCAGGUGCAUAUGGGUAAAACGUUAGAUAAAGAGAAUGUGGCUAUUAAAAUACAGUAUCCCGGAGUUGCCAAGGGUAUUGAAAGUGAUAUAGAUAAUUUGGUGGGAAUCAUGAAGCUGUGGAAUCUUUUUCCAAAGGGGAUGUUUAUCAACAAUUUUGUAGUUGUUGCCAAACGAGAGUUGGCAUGGGAGGUAGAUUAUCGCAGAGAAGCAGAAUGUACAAGGAAAUUUAAGACAAUAUUGGAACCAUAUCCCAAUUUUCAUGUUCCAAAAGUUAUAGACAAAUUAUGUGCCUCACAAGUGUUCACAACAGAAUAUGUUGAUGGAAUUCCAGUUGAUCAGUGCGUUGAAUUAGACAUGGAACACAGGAAAUUUAUUGCCAACAACAUGUUGCACUUGACUUUGUUAGAAUUGAUGGUCUUCCGGUACAUGCAGACAGAUCCAAAUUGGGCCAACUUUUUGUAUAAUCCAGAUACAAAAAAAAUUUAUCUGUUAGAUUUUGGAGCAAGCAGAGAUUAUCCAAAAGAGUUUGUUGAUAACUAUGUUCGCAUAAUGAAAGCUGCUACU